CAGUGCCACAUAGAACAAAGAAAGCCUAUCAGGAAGCAACAACAACAAGAGUGUCACACUGUCACACACAACAACACUGUGUGAAGGAACAAGAGCAUCAUCCAUGGCAGCCACCAGAGCAAUAGCCAUAGCCAGCAACUCCACAUGCUCUCUUCUCACUAAGAGACCCUUUCUGGGUUCCCAUUCCCUUUGCCUCAAGAACCUCAAGCUUUCUUCUUCUUCUAGGACUACCAGGUCUUUCACCUGCAAGGCCAUCUACAACCCCCAGGUUUCGAUCAAGGAGGAAGGUCAGCCACAAACCCUCGAUUACAGAGUCUUUUUCGUCGAUCAAUCUGGUAACAAGGUUUCUCCCUGGCAUGAUAUUCCACUGAAGUUAGGUGAUGGUGUCUUCAACUUCAUUGUUGAAAUACCAAAAGAAACCAGUGCAAAGAUGGAGGUUGCCACUGAUGAGCCUUUCACUCCCAUAAAACAGGAUACAAAAAAGGGGAAGCUUCGAUUUUACCCCUAUAAUAUACAUUGGAACUAUGGCUUACUUCCCCAAACUUGGGAAGAUCCAUCUCUUGCAAACUCUGAAGUUGACGGAGCAUUUGGAGAUAAUGACCCAGUUGAUGUAGUUGAGAUUGGCGAAAGCCAGAGGAAAAUAGGCGAGAUUCUGAAGGUCAAACCAUUGGCUGCAUUAGCCAUGAUUGAUGAAGGAGAACUUGAUUGGAAAAUAGUUGCAAUUUCACUAGAUGACCCAAAAGCUUCACUCGUAAAUGAUAUCGAUGAUGUUGAGAAGCAUUUUCCAGGAACCCUCACUGCAAUUAGGGACUGGUUCAGAGACUACAAGAUACCUGAUGGGAAGCCUGCUAAUAAAUUUGGGCUUGGCAACCAGGCUGCAAAUAAGGAUUAUGCGCUUAAGGUCAUUACAGAGACCAAUGAGUCCUGGGCUAAACUUAUCAAGAGAUCAAUUCCUGCAGGAGAGCUGUCACUUGUGUAAAUGCAUUUGAGGAGUGUCAGUUGUUCUUGCCACUGCUUGCAUUUUCUACAAUUCUAUUUAUGACGUAGCGAACUCUUCUGUUGAGCUUCUUGGUUAUAUCUAGUGAGAUCAAUGCUCUUUUGGCCAGGGCCUUUAGUGCAGUGCAUGCUUUGUAAAAUUCAGUUUCAGUGAUCAUGAAGUUUAUAUACAUUUACUAUCGUAUCAGAAAGAUUGAUUCUUUCUAGAAGAUAUGUUUUCUUUUGAUUCUCUCUAAAAGCUAUGUUUUGUUUGUAUUAGCUUGUUUAGUGAAUUGUGCAGUCAUUGCAGGGAACAUCUUGCAGGUUAAUAACUGUGUUUUUCUGUUUUCAUUAGAUGUCUAACAAUAGAUCUAUGGUUGUAUUAUAGAUAUUUGCAACCAAUUAAUAAAUACUCCAAGAGGAAGGACCAUUGCCCUCA